CACUACGAUAGAGUACUUAAAACUAGGAAAAGUGGUUUCUGAGUUGUUCUGUUUGGAAGUUUGUCUCGUUUUAUAUCAUGGCCGAAAACGAAGAAAAGUUACUGAAAUUCAUUUGGAAAAUUGAAAAUUACAGCUAUUGCUGGAGUACAUCCAACAGUCUACAAAGUCCCGAUUUUCAAAUGGAUGUUUACGAAGGAAGUUCUUGGUGUCUGAAAUUAUAUCCAAGAGGAGUACCUUUGUGUGAAAACUAUAUAAGCAUCCAUUUAGCAAGGCUGUCAUCUAGUAGUGGACCACUUAGAGUUUCCGUAGAUUAUGAAAUCUCCCUUCUCAGACCUGAUGGCACAGCUGAAUAUGUAAAAGAAACGAAAGAUCGAUGCUUUAGAAAAGGAUACACGUUUGGAUUUGACAAUUUGGCAGUUCGAGAUGAAGUAUUCUGGAUGAAAAGGUCGAUAUUGUUGCCUCAAGACAUUCUGACUGUGCAAUGUCGCAUUUUUCCAAAAGAUACUCAGUUGAAAAGUAGCACCACAAUCAUUGCGAAAACCCAUUUAGAGCUUGAACGUUACGUUUUUCAUUGGAAGAGCGAAAAAUGUUUUUCUGAAAAAUUAAAUGAAUUCAAAAUUUUAAAAUUUCUUAAUGGUAGACACUAUUUGGCGUUGAAAUUAUACUGGCGUCUUGCUAGAGGACGCGAGUAUCUCUAUAUAUACUUUUCAAAUUUCCAUGAUUUAAAGAUGUUCCACUGUAAGCUGUGUCUAUUAGAUUCUAACGAAUCAAUUUCGCAGUGUAUUUUGGAUGAACAUAUUGAUUCAGGCCAAAGCGACUUCCGUUUAAUAGCUGCAGAUGAAAUACGCGAAAAGAAAUCUAUUUUUUUGCCAAAUGAUAAGCUAAAUUUACAUUGCGAUUUCACGUGUUAUUUUGGCAUUCAGUGCAACCAAAUCGAGACGGUAGCUUUCGACAAUACAAUUUUUUCUGUCAUCAAAGACAAAGAAACAUCCUCUGAAGUUGAAACCCCCUCUGCAAACAAUCGUCCAUGCUCUUGUACUAAUAUAUACGCUUCAUUUAAGAAGGAUUUUCAAAAUUUUUACCAAGAAGAAAUGCUUUGCGAUUUCACUUUAAAAGUCGGAAAUGAGAACAUCCAAGCCCACAAAGCAGUGUUGGCAGCGAGAUCUCCAGUAUUCAAAGCCAUGCUUACAAGUAACAUGAGGGAAAAUGAAAAAAAUUUGGUGGAAAUUUCGGAUUUGGAUGCAGAUACUGUCCGCUGCAUGUUAACAUUUCUAUAUUCUGAUACGACUGGUGAUCUUGAUUGGGAAGCUGCUAGAAAGUUAUACUUCGCAGCGGAUAAAUAUGAGAUAAGGAAACUGAAGCGCAUCUGUUCGGAUAUCUUGAAACGGAAUCUGAGCGUGUCCAGUGUUGGAGCAACUCUAUCUCUCGCAAAUUUGCACGCAGACGAUAAUUUAAAGGACCUGACCCUAAAUUUCAUCUUUAAACAUGACGCAGAAGUCAUAUGUUCGAUGGAGUGGAAAGAGUUCAUGGCUGAUGAGGCCCAUUUAGCCGCUGAGGCAAUGCGUUAUAUCUUUCUGAAAAAGCAGAAAAUAAAGGAAAACUCUAACUAAAACUUUUCCAUAUUCACUUUUAAGCGUUCCUUGAAGUGAAGACAUAGAAAUCCUGAAUGCUUUUUCCUUCCUGAAUUUACUACAUGAUAUCUACUAGUUUAUGUGAAAUAAGGUUUUGUUUAAAUUUGAUUUAUGAUUGUUAUGUGAUUAUUAUUAUUUUAGCAAUGAGCGGUUUUGAUUAGCAAUGAGCAAAUGUUAUUUGAAUAAAUUA